AUGUCUUCCGCCAAACCCACACUCGUCAUCAUUCACGGUGGUUGGCAUGUCCCAGCUAGCUAUGAGAAACUCAUAGUAGCACUCGAGAAAUCGGGUUAUGAAGUGCACUGCCCACGUCUACCAUCAACAAACGAGUCCCGUCCUCCAAAUGCCGACCUCUACACUGACUCUGAUCUCAUUCGUGGUUACGUUUCAAGCCUUGUGCGGGCUGGGCGAAUCGUUGUAGCCAUCAUGCAUUCUUACGGAGGGCAAGUUGGAAGCGACGCGCUCAUCGGCCUUGGUACUGAAUCUCGUGCAGCUAAAGGUCUUCUCGGAGGCGUCUCGAAAUUGAUCUAUAUGGCGGCAUUUGCAGUGUCAGAAGGAAUCGGGAUGAUAGAGAAGGUCAAGGAGUUUGGUCACAUGGACCUGGUGCCCCUUGCGUUCAAUUUUGCUGAAGACGAUUCUUGCACCAACAACGACCCGAAGACGCUACUUGUUGGCCCUAGCGAUAUUGCCCCCGAAGUAGUCGAUGAGUACCUCGCCACGCUCGUACGCUGGAAUGGUAAAGCGAUGUACUUGCCAAUCAAACACGCCGCAUGGCGCGAGAUACCCGUUGGAUACAUUUAUUCAAACGCAGAUAUGACUGUACCCUUCGACUAUCAAAAAAGCUUUGUGGGAGCAAUGGAGAAAGCUGGACGUCCUGUUGAAACUGUCGAGUUGUCGACUGGACAUUGUCCCAACUUGACCGCUACCGAUAGUGUAGUUGAUGCAAUCAAUAAGUUUGCAAAUAACUAA